AUGCUCCGCACAGCGGCCCGGGCCCUGGUGCCGGGUAUCGGGGUGCCCUGGGCGCGGUGGUCUUGGAGCGGGGCGGGGGUCCAGGUCCACGUGGUGGAUCUGCGCAGCGACACGGUGACCAGACCCGGGCCGGCCAUGAGGCGCGCUAUGGCCGAGGCGGUCGUGGGGGACGACGACUAUGGCGAGGACCCCACGGUCCGCGAGCUCCAGGAAAAGGCUGCGGAGCUGCUGGGUGUGGAGCGCACUCUGUUUGUACCAACCAACACCAUGGCCAACCUCAUCUCUGUGAUGGGUCACUGCCGACGCCGGGGCUCCCAGCUCCUUCUUGGGCAGGAAUGUCACCUCCACGUCUAUGAGCAGGGCGGGGUGGCCCAGAUCGCUGGGGUGCACUCCCAUGCCCUCCCAGACCUACCUCAUGGCACGCUGGACCUGCAUGAGCUAGAGAGAGCCAUCACUCGGGGCGUCGGGAACCCCUACCACCCAGUCUGUGAGCUUGUGUGCCUGGAAAACACGCACAGCAGCUCGGGGGGCCGGGUCCUCCCCAUCGACUACCUCCGACAGGUGCACCACUUGGCCCACACCCACGGGGCCCGAGUCCACCUGGACGGGGCCCGGCUGAUGAAUGCCGCGGUGGCUCUGCGUGUACCCCCUGCCCGCCUAGUGCAGUACUGUGACUCCGUAUCAUUCUGUUUCUCCAAGGGCCUGGGGGCACCAGUGGGGGCCCUAGUUGGAGGAUCCAAGGACUUCAUUGAAGAAGCCUGGCGCCUGCGGAAGGCCCUGGGUGGGGGCAUGCGCCAGGCUGGGGUACUGGCCGCCGCUGCGCUGGUGGGACUGGCUGAAGCUGAGGAGGUGUUGCUGAGGGACCACCAGAAUGCUCAGAGAUUCGCCACAGGGCUCCAGGAACUGGCGUCACCCAUGUGCUCCGUGGAUGCCGCCACUGUGGAGACCAACAUGGUGCUGGUGCACGUAGACGGGCUGUCACCCGCAGAGCUGUGCCGGCGCCUGCAGGCCGUGAGCGCUGAGGAGGUGGCCCAGACUGGCCAUGCCGUGCGUGUGCUGCUGUUUCCCUGGACAGAACGGUCGGUGCGGGUGGUGUGGCACCGUGACAUCUCCCCACGGGACACUGAACUGGCGCUGAGGAAGUGGGAGUUUGUGCUGAGGCAAUCAGGGCUCUAAGGUCAGGGUGCUGGGGGCCCUGGGCCCUGGCUGGGAUCAAAGCGGGAAGUGAGGCACUUAGAACUUCUGGCCUGGGGAAGGCCAGUCCCCACUAGGAGACAAUGACUGUACCUGUUUCUCCCAUGGUGACUCUCAUGUAGUGGUCCCACUUCAUCAGGGAUAAGAGGCAUGUGCCAGGGAGGAGGCAGAGGUAAGAGGAUGACUGUAAGUUCAAGACCAGUCUGGAACUACAGAGUGAGUUCUAGGUCAGCCUGGGCUAGAAUGAGACCUUACCUCAAAAAUAAAAAAAAAAGAAAAGGA